AUAGCCUUUGGACCCAAGAACCGCUCAAUUGGUGCUGCUGCUAAGAGCCAGGUUAUUUCAAAUGCAAAGAAUACAGUACAAAGUUUUAAAAGAUUUCAUGGUCGUGCAUUCUCAGAUCCCUUUGUUCAAGCUGAAAAAGCAAACCUUGCCUAUGAACUCGUCCAGCUGCCAACAGGCUCAACUGGCAUCAAGGUCAUGUAUAUGGAAGAAGAAAGAAACUUUACUAUUGAACAGGUGACAGGAAUGCUCCUUACCAAAUUAAAAGAGACUGCUGAGAAUGCACUUAAGAAGCCUGUGGUUGACUGUGUGGUUUCUGUUCCUUCCUUCUACACAGAUGCAGAAAGGAGAUCUGUGCUGGAUGCUACACAGAUUGCUGGGCUCAACUGCCUGAGGCUAAUAAAUGAAACAACUGCAGUUGCCCUUGCCUAUGGGAUCUAUAAGCAAGACCUGCCUGCCUUGGAAGAGAAGCCACGGAACGUUGUGUUUGUGGACAUGGGGCAUUCUGCAUAUCAAGUGUCUGUCUGUGCAUUCAACAAAGGAAAGCUGAAAGUUCUUGCUACAGCAUUUGAUACAACACUUGGAGGCAGGAAGUUUGAUGAGGUGUUGGUUGAAUACUUUUGUGAAGAAUUUGGGAAGAAAUACAAACUAGACAUCAAGUCCAAGAUCCGUGCGUUGUUGAGGCUAUACCAGGAAUGUGAAAGACUGAAAAAGCUGAUGAGUGCUAAUGCCUCUGACCUCCCCAUGAACAUAGAGUGCUUCAUGAAUGACAUAGAUGUCUCUGGGACCAUGAACAGGGGCAAGUUUCUAGAGAUGUGUGAUGGACUCCUUGCAAGAGUGGAAGCACCCCUGCGCAGCGUGCUGGAGCAAGCCAAGUUAAAGAAGGAGGAUAUUUAUGCAGUAGAGAUAGUUGGUGGUACCACAAGAAUCCCUGCUGUGAAAGAGAAGAUCAGCAAAUUUUUUGGCAAAGAAGUCAGUACCACUUUGAAUGCAGACGAGGCUGUUGCACGAGGUUGUGCACUGCAGUGUGCCAUUUUGUCCCCGGCCUUCAAAGUGAGGGAGUUCUCCAUCACAGACCUGGUACCCUACCCCAUUUCCUUACGAUGGAAUUCUCCAGCAGAGGAAGGGUUAAGUGACUGUGAGGUCUUUCCCAAGAACCAUGCUGCUCCCUUCUCGAAGGUCCUCACGUUCUACCGGAAGGAGCCGUUUACUCUUGAGGCAUAUUACAGCUCUCCCAAGGAGCUGCCCUACCCUGACCCUGCUAUAGCUCACUUCUUGGUUCAGAAGGUCACUCCCCAGACAGAUGGAUCCAGUUCAAAAGUGAAGGUCAAAGUCAGAGUGAAUAUCCAUGGUAUCUUCAGUGUCUCAAGUGCCUCUCUAGUGGAGGUUCACAAAUCUGAUGAGAAUGAGGAGCCUAUGGAGACAGAUCAGCAUGCAAAGGAGGAAGAGAAGAUGCAGGUAGACCAGGAAGAGCAGCAGAAGACAGAAGAACAGCAGGCCCAACCUGAAAACAAGGUGGAGUCUGAAGAAAUGGAGACUUCUCAGGCUGACUCAAAAGACAAGAAAGUGGAUCAGCCACCUCAAGCCAAGAAGGCUAAAGUGAAGACCACAACAGUGGACCUGCCCAUUGAGAACCAGCUGGUGUGGCAGAUUGGGAAAGACAUGCUCAACUUAUUUAUUGAGAAUGAGGGUAAAAUGAUAAUGCAGGAUAAGCUAGAGAAGGAGAGGAAUGAUGCCAAGAAUGCAGUGGAAGAAUACGUGUAUGAGAUGAGGGACAAACUCUGUGGUGCUUAUGAGAAAUUCGUUAGUGAAGAUGAUAGAAACAGUUUCACACUGAAGCUGGAAGAUACAGAAAAUUGGCUUUAUGAAGAUGGUGAAGACCAACCCAAACAAAUCUACAUUGAUAAAUUGGCAGAAUUGAAGAGUCUGGGUCAGCCUAUUCAGGCAAGAUUUCAAGAAUCAGAGGAAAGACCAAAAGCAUUUGAGGACUUGGGAAAGCAAAUUCAACAUUACAUGAAAACUGUUCAUGCAUUCAAAGCAAAGGAUGAGCAGUAUGACCACCUAGAUGAAGCAGAUGUAGCCAAAGUGGAGAAGAGUGCAAAUGAAGCCAUGGAGUGGAUGAACAAUAAACUUAAUCUUCAAAACAAGAGAAGUCUGACCUUGGACCCAGUUAUAAAAGCUAAAGACAUACAAGCUAAAACUAAAGAAUUGACAAGUAUUUGUAAUCCAAUAGUCAACAAACCAAAACCCAAAGUGGAGCUCCCGAAGGAGGAGCAGAAGCCGACGGAACCCAACGGACCAGUGGAGAGCCAGGGGGAGGGGGACAGUGGGUCCCCAGGCACGGAGCAGAGUGCUGCUGCCCCCACGGCUGCUGAGAAGAAGCUGCCUGAGAUGGACAUUGACUGAACUGCAGCCCCUGUUUAUACUCUUGCAGACCACAAUAAAGCUUUAAGUUGU